AUGGCCGCUCCAACACACCCGCCGCCCCUCCCAUACUCCCAGGCAAACCCCAUCGAUCUCACCGGCGACGACAGCGACGACGACCAGCCCACCAUCGACCACUAUGUCGCCGCCAGAUAUGCCAAACGCCCUCGCACAGAUCCUCCGCGACCCCCCUUCCCCGACUAUGCUCAAUCGCCAUUUGUCAACCCCCCCUCUCCUGCGACAAUGAACUCGACGAUGUUCCCUUUCACUGCGCGCUCUCCCCAGCCCUCGCUGUCCACACCUUCUAUAUUUGCUCCGCAGACUCAGCACCACUUCUCUGCCUUUACAACACCACUCACCCAGUCAACAUAUCGGCCGGCAUUUGCACCACCUUUGCCCUAUCUCGCGCCACGCCCAGACCAGUUCCUUCCUUCGCCGCCUAGAAACCCUGCUUAUCAGCCCAUUCGCCAGCCGGAGCCCAUUCCCUCGCCCGUGCCGGAGCGUCAAGUUAUAGACCUCACAGACUCACCCUCCCCGCCGCCCACAACCCCGCCACGUCAAUCAUCUCAGCCGCCGCUGCCCGCCGAACUGCCGCCUAAGACGCCCGUUUGCAUCGGCCAACUUUCCGUGACUGCCUUGGUUCUUUAUCCGGUUCAGUUUUUGGCGCCCCGGAAUCCAGGAGAAACCGAAUGGGCGUAUGUGAGACUGCAGUACGAACAUAAUCCCAACAAGCCCGCGAGCAAGGAAACUAUCCAUAUCCGCGCGCCGUCCGCAAAGAGCGCGGAUGGCGAAACUUUACCAGGGGACAACUUUGGCGUCAUCGAGCAGAAAGUAGCGGAUUCACUAGGGCCUAUGCUGGGGAAGGGUUUGAUUCGAUUGGAUGCGAAGAUUCGUAAAGGGACUGGGAACUUGCCCAUUCUACCCCUUCAAAUGCUGGUUUACACGCCCAAAGGCAAUAUACCCGUCGUUGGAAAUUAUCUCCGACAAUGCAGUCUGCUCCUCGACCAUCCUACCCCUCCUUGCGAUAUGCAACGCUUGUCACAGUAUCAUUAUUUCAAUCCACACGAUCCACCUGCAGAAGGGCAUAAUCGCACUAUCAUGGCCAACAAUAGACUGAAUGUUCUUACGCAAAGGGACCAAUCGCGGUGGAUCACGCCCUCCUCGAGUUCUAAAAGUGUUGAGGUGCAGAGAAGUCAGGUCGAUGAACUAUUUCAGAGCAUAAAGGACGAUGAUGGAUUGUCUGAGACUGAGCCAAGCCCUGAAGUUGCAACCAAGCUAUACCCUCAUCAGAAGAAGGCUCUAACUUUCCUUCUAGAACGGGAAAGAGAACAACCCGGGGCUGAUGGGUUUUCGUCCUUAUGGCAAAGGAAGAUACAUCCCUUGACUCAACGGCCCUCCUGGUUGCAUCUCGUUACGCAGAAGGAAGUGUAUGAACCACCUCAGGAAGCCAAAGGCGCCAUUUUGGCCGACGAUAUGGGUCUCGGCAAAACCAUUACUUGCGUCUCCCUGAUAGCCAAUACCCUUGAGUCAUCUCUUGACUUUGCAGUGACUCCUCUAGACCCCCCGCCUCCACCCCCACCUCGAAUCGACGACGAACCAGACGUGUCUCAUUUUGCCGGCAGUGUAUGGGGAAUGCCUGAUACCAGCGGGGCCAAUUCGACAUCUGCGAAGGGGAAGGCAAAGGCGGAAAAGGUGCAGGAGAAGCUCGAAGCCGACUAUGCCAGGUGUUGCCGGAUUAAAGCUCGGAGUCGUGCGACAUUAAUCGUCUGCCCACUGUCGACGGUCUCGAAUUGGGAGGAUCAAUUCCGCGAACACUGGAGAGGUGAAGUUAUGGUCAUUGGAGGAAAUGGGGCCUGUUUAGGACAUUCCUCUUCAUGUACGCCGUCCCAUACCCCCAGUGGCUCGCAGACGCCAAUGGUCAUCGACGAUAAGCCGAAGGACGACAGACCUAAGCGCGUUCGCGAGGGACGACCACUGCGCGUCUACGUUUAUCACGGCAAUGCUCGUCGGCCUGAUCCUGCUUUCCUAGGCGAUUUCGACGCUGUUAUUACUACCUAUGCUACCCUUGCCUCCGAGUUCUCGAAGCAAAAUCGGAGUCUCAUGCCGGCCGAGGAUGGAGAGGAUGACGGUGGAAGUAGCGACGGCGCUGGCACCAUCGAUAUCGACGAAUAUGGGAAUCAGGUUGUGCGACUUCCCAAACCGAAGAAAAGUGGUACAAAGAGGAAGAAAUCAGCCCUCACUCAAGCUAACAACCCUGCAGAAAUACCCAGCGCUUUGCAGAGCAUUUACUGGUUCCGUGUCGUCCUUGACGAGGCUCACUGCAUCAAAGAGACUGGGACUGUCGCAAGCCGUGCAUGCUGUGACCUGAUGGCAGAUCGGAGGCUGUGCUUAACGGGAACUCCUGUACAGAACAAACUGGACGACGUCUUUGCUCUCCUUAAAUUCCUCCGUCUCGAGCCUUUCGACGACAAGAACAUCUGGACGGAAUAUAUCGGCAGUCCAGUCAAGUUUGGCCAAGCCCUUGGUGUCGCGCGCCUCCAAACCAUCAUGAAGUGCAUUACUCUCCGUCGGACGAAGGAAUCGAAAGCGCCUGAUGGGAAGAAGAUCCUUUCUCUUCCACCUCGCCGUGAUGAGCUGGUCUACCUCAAGUUUGAUUCUCAAGAGCAGGAGAUAUACGACAGAUUUUUCAACGAGUCGAAGGCCGAGUUCGCAGACCUGUCUAGCAAGAAUGAGGUCAUGAAAAACUAUGUCGGAAUCCUCCAGAAGAUCUUGCGGCUUCGCCAAAUAUGUGAUCACUUUGAGCUUGUUCAAGGGAAGGAGCCUGGGCAGGAAAACAUCAAUUCUGACGGUGUUGGCUCUUAUGAGGAUAUCGUCGCCGCAAUCGUGAGGGAGGGUUUCAACAACGCGCGGGCAGCAGCCAUCUUCAACAUCCUACGCGAAUCCGCCACCACCCAAUGUGUCGAGUGCGGCUCCGAACUUUGCCUAUCAUCAGAGCUCAGCCAGGCCGACAUGGACGUUGAUGCACCUCCCAAUGCCCCGAAACGUGGACGACGACCCAAAGGCACUACAUCUCGCAGUUCAACACGUGCAAAUAGUCCCAACACCCCUCGGCCUGUCCUUACGAAGUGUCAGCACCUCUUCUGCAUCGAAUGUUAUCGCACAUCCGUCUGUCCUGGUUGGCCCAAUGUUGAUAUCAGCGUUCGGCGUUGUUGCUCUGCCUGUCUAACUGGUCUCUGUCCUGCUGACGCCUUCGAGGUCAAACCUGAUUCAGUGAUAGAAGGCGCCCAGAAGAAAAAGACCCAGAAACGCGAAAAGAGGCAGAAAGGUGGAUCCCUAGAGAAUUUCACUCCCUCGACGAAGGUCAAAGCGUUAAUGAGAGAUCUCGUCCAAUUUUCGCGGAUGAAUUCGCACUCGGUCAAUUAUGAUCCAGAGUUGGAAAUGACGAACAGUCAAGGCAUGAGGAUAGAGUGCGAUAUCGUGAAAACGGUCGUCUUUUCUCAAUGGACAUCCAUGCUCGACAAAGUGGAGGAUGCCUUGGAAUCUGCCGGUAUACGCUACGACCGACUAGAUGGCACCAUGAAGCGGGACGAGCGGACGCGUGCCAUGGACGCUCUGAAACACGAUCCAGGUUGCGAGGUCCUACUUGUAAGCUUGAAAGCAGGAGGCGUUGGUUUGAACCUCACUGCUGCUCAACGUGUAUAUCUCAUGGAUCCCUACUGGAACCCAGCCGUGGAAAACCAAGCCGUAGAUAGAAUCCAUCGUCUUGGUCAGACACGCCCAGUCACGACAGUCAAAUUCAUUAUCGAGAACUCCAUCGAAGCCCGACUAUUAGAAGUGCAGCGCAAGAAGACUGAAUUGGCAAAUAUGACCCUUGGCCAGACCUAUACCAAGUCAGAGUUGCUGCAGCGACGUCUGGACGAGCUUGCGCAACUGUUUGGUGCCUGA